AUGUCUCGGACGGAGGCCGACUUGGCCAUUAAUAUCCGAAAGGCCACAAGUAUUGAGGAAACUGCGCCGAAACGAAAACAUGUUCGAAGUUGUAUUGUUUAUACGUGGGACCAUAAGUCGUCGUCGGCCUUUUGGGCGGGCAUGAAAGUUCAGCCCGUCCUUGCAGACGAGGUCCAGACGUUCAAGGCCCUCAUUACCAUCCACAAAGUUCUCCAAGAGGGUCACCCCGUGGUCGUGCGGGAGGCCCAGCAACACACCGACUGGAUCGAUAGCUUGAUGAGAGGAUUCGGUGGAGGCGAAGGUGUUCGAGGAUAUGCGACCCUUAUCUCCACAUACGUCUACUUCCUUGAGGCGAAGCUGGCCUUCCACCGCAAUCACCCUGAAUUCAAUGGAUUGUUUGAAUACGAGGAAUACAUCAGUUUGAAGACUAUCAAUGAUCCAAAUGAAGGCUAUGAGACUAUCAUGGAUCUUAUGGUCCUACAGGAUCAGAUCGAUGCUUUCCAGAAGCUUGUUUUCUCUCAUUUCCAAUCUGGAACUAACAACGAGUGCCGUAUCUCUGCGCUCGUUCCUCUGGUGCAGGAGAGUUAUGGAAUUUACAAGUUCAUCACCAGCAUGUUGCGAGCAAUGCACACAACAACCGGAGAUGACGAGGCCCUCGAGGGACUGCGUAACCGUUACGAUUCCCAGCACCACCGACUCGUUCGAUUCUACUACGAAUGUUCCAACUUGCGCUAUCUGACCAGUCUCAUCACUAUUCCCAAGCUGCCUCAGGAUCCGCCAAAUCUGCUCAGCGAAGAUGGUGACCGUCCAGCUCUACCGCGACGACCGGCUAACGAAGUUGAACGUCAGCCUUCACCUCCGCCCAAGGUCGCCGCCGAACCUGAGCCAAUCAACGAUUUCUGGACUAAUGAGGCCAAGAGACAGCAAGAAGAGUAUGACGCUGAGCAAGCCCGUCUGCAAGGCCUUUGGGAGGACCAGCAGCGACAGCAAAUGCUUGCGCAGCAGCAGGCUCAGCGUGACUUCGAGGAACAGCAGAGACAGCAGGCUGAACAACAAAGAUUGGCACAAGAGCAGCUUCUCCGCGACCAGUAUCAGACACAAACACAUGGUCGACUUGCAGAGUUGGAGCAAGAGAAUCUCAAUGCCCGUGCCCAGUACGAGCGUGAUCAAUUGAUGCUGCAACAGUAUGACCGCCGUGUCAAGGACCUGGAGGAGCAGAUGAACCAAUUGAAUUCGAAUAUUAACUUGCAGAAUGCCUCCAAGGACGACCAGAUCAGGGCUUUGCAGGAGCAGGUGAACACCUGGCGGACCAAGUACGAGGCCCUCGCCAAGCUUUACUCGCAGCUGCGACAAGAGCACUUGGAUCUCCUGCAAACCACCAAGAGCUUGAAGCUUAAGGCUGCUUCGGCACAGGAAGCCAUCGAACGGCGCGAGAAGUUGGAGCGUGAGCUCAAGACCAAGAAUCUAGAGUUGGCCGACAUGAUCCGCGAGCGAGAUCGUGCUCUGCAUGACAGAGAUCGCUUGACAGGUACCAACAAGGAUGAUAUUGAGAAGCUCAAGCGAGAGCUCCGCAUGGCUAUCGACCGGGCUGAGAAUGCCGAACGGUCGAAGGGCACAGAGAUUUCCUCCAUGCUUUCCAAAUACAAUCGCGAAAUGGCUGAUUUGGAAGAGGCUCUUAGAAAUAAAUCAAGAGCUCUUGAAGAUGUCUCCAGCCGCAAGUCCGAAUGGCAAGGCGAUCAUGAGCUCUCUCUUCGUGAGAAAGAUGAGGAGAUUGAAGUUUACAAGUCUGGCAUGGAGCAGGCUUUGAUGGAAUUGGAGGAGUUGAAGAUGCACCAAGGCGAUGCCGACAAUGAGUUGGACACCCAGAUUGAUAGUGUGCUUCACGGAACUGUGGCCAAGAUCAACGAUAUCAUUGACUCUGUGUUGCAGACUGGUGUGCAGCGUGUGGAUGAUGCCCUGUACGAGCUGGAUUCAUCCAUGCAAGCCGGAAACCAGAAUGCCUCACCGGCCUACGUGUUGUCGCAGAUCGAAAAGGCAUCCGCUUCAGCUACCGAGUUCUCCACAGCCUUUAAUAACUUCAUUGCCGACGGUCCCAGCAGCCCCCAUGCCGAGAUCAUUCGCACCGUUUCUGUCUUUUCAGGUUCAGUUGCGGAUACUUUGAGCAACACCAAGGGUCUUUCUCGUUUUGCCAACGAUGACAAGAGCUCCGAUCAACUGUUCAAUGCGGCUCGUAAAUCAGCCCAGGCGACCGUGCGUUUCUUCCGCGGUCUGCAAUCCUUCCGCCUCGAGGGCCUGGAGGCUCUCCAGAAGACAGAUGUGGUCAUCAACAACAACCUUGAAGUCCAGCGGGACCUGCAAGCACUGUCGAAGAUGGUUGAGUCCUUCACGCCGAAGAGCAGCCACAUCAACACCAAGGGUGACCUGGGUGAUCUUGUGGACCAAGAGUUGCUGAAGGCAGCUGAUGCCAUUGACGCUGCUGCUCAGCGCCUAGCCAAGCUGAAGAACAAGCCUCGUGACGGUUACUCGACCUAUGAGCUGCGCAUCAACGACAUCAUCCUGGCAGCAGCCAUUGCCGUUACCAACGCGAUUGCUGAGCUGAUCAAGGCAGCAACUGAUACCCAGCAAGAAAUUGUGCGCGAGGGUCGUGGCAGUUCAUCCCGGACAGCCUUUUACAAGAAGAACAACCGUUGGACGGAAGGAUUGAUUUCUGCCGCCAAAGCCGUGGCUUCUUCUACUAACACCCUGAUUGAGACUGCCGACGGUGUCAUUUCAGGCCGCAACUCUCCCGAGCAGCUCAUCGUUGCAUCCAACGAUGUUGCUGCUAGCACAGCACAGCUAGUGGCUGCCAGUCGUGUCAAGGCCACUUUCAUGAGCAAGUCCCAAGACCGCUUGGAAACUGCCAGCAAGGCCGUUGGUGCGGCCUGUCGGGCACUUGUGCGACAGGUCCAGGAUAUCAUCAAGGAGAAGAACCGCGACGACACCGAAGCAGAAGACUACGGCAAACUCAGCGGCCACGAGUUCAAAGUGCGGGAGAUGGAGCAACAGGUCGAAAUUCUCCAACUCGAGAACGGCCUCGCUCGUGCCCGCCAACGUCUCGGAGAGAUGCGCAAGAUAUCAUACCAGGAAGAGUAA